UUCGCUCUGGGCUGAACUGCUGAUGUAUCCCAGCAGCCCCAGUCCCAUGGCAACAGGAAACCUUGGUAUAUAAAGGCACAUCGCAGGGGGAACCCUCCUAAGUGUCUCUCAGCCGCAGCAUGACCAGGACCGAGAGCCUGAGAGUGUGGACUUAACAAAACAAUGCCCAGCCUAACCGCCGACCCACUCAACUCACAGCACUUCAUCAUGGACAAAGAUGACAGGAAGAGAAACAAGAACAUUGGAAAGAACUUCAUGUGCAGACUGCAGUGCAUGUUCUCACACUCGUCCAGCUCGGAGAGCAGGCUAAGUUUAGAAGAUACCCAACAAUGGUCACAGUCACUGGAAAGGCUUCUGGAGUCUAAAUAUGGACUGGCAACCUUUCGUAACUUCCUCAAGUCUGAAUACAGCGAUGAGAAUAUUGAGUUCUGGCUCACCUGCGAGGACUACAAGAAGAUCAAGUCUUCGUUCAGAAUGUCCUCACGGGCCAAGAAGAUUUAUGAGCAGUUCAUCAAAGCAGAAUCUCCAAAAGAGAUCAACAUCGACUAUCACACCCGAGAGCAGAUCAAAAGGAACGUCAAGACUCCCACCACGCACUGCUUCGACGACGCUCAGAAGAUAGUUUUCGGGCUGAUGGAGAGAGACUCGUACCCACGGUUCCUCCGCUCUGACAUUUAUAGAACUCUCCUGGAAAACCUCGCCGCCGAUGCCACGAAGGGAUGAAAGCACAGUCGGAGGGGGGGAGAGAGAGAGAGAGAGCGAGAGAGAGAGAAAGAGAAAGAACGGACAUGAAAACCCAUAACUGGAAUGUUUGAGCUCCUUCCAGAGGAAGGGCCGACAACAAAGGAGGAAGGCGAGUCGACCUGCGCGGCACACGGACACGCACAGAGGCCUCGCACCUCGCCGCUGGCACUAGAUCCAGAGGCAGACCGUGUCUUGUAGUCACAGGCAGGAUCCCCACACUGAGCACCACAGAAGAAACAGCCUUACCACCCUGUAGCGUGCACCGUGCACCGGAGGAUACGUGUGUGUGUGUGUUCGUAGGCGAACUGAGCACUUUGUGAAUGAAUCAGUGGCGCCCGCUGACGCUCGCAACUGACCGUGGAGCAGCCUGCGCUCCUUCUUUGCAGAGGUGUUUCCUGUGCAGAUAAAAGAUUGAGGAUGUGAGACUGUGCAACUGUCGCACUCGAGUAGUUGCAUGUGUGUGUGUGUGUGUGUGUGUGUAUCUAGUUGUUCGCACUUAACUGCCACUGACACACGAUGAGCUGUCACAGAAAGAGCCGGCCGAUGCUCCAGAGACAGAAUCAAACCCACAGCGGAAGGAGGAGCUCCGAGUCACAUGUCAUCCUGAGUGAAGCAGAAGGCCACUGAGUUCAGAGGCAAGAGGCAUUCUGGGAAACUUCAAAAGGAUAUUUUUUUCUAGAUUGGACUGAUGUGAGGUUUUAAAAACUGACGCUGAUGUUUUUUUUUUAGUCUUAAGCUUCCUGUGGUCCUGUGACAUUUUUGUGCAAAUAUUUUACCAUCUUUAAGGUGGCAGUAUUCAAACAACAAAAGUAAAUUAUAUUUUUGAAUGAUGACAAAACAUAACCGUGCACAUUUUUUGUGUUGAAUCUUAAUAUGAAGUCACAGCAUCUUAACACUGACGGCCGGUGGUGUCUGAUUUAAUUCCUCAGCGCACGACUUCUGGCCACAGUAUAAAAAAAAAACCUCUUGUGUCGACGGUUGUGAUUUUAUUGAAUAAACUACGAGUGGAGAUGUAGUAGAACUAGUAUCACAAUGCAUGAUGGGAUGUUAAAACUCCUCAUAUACCCUGAGGAUGGGCCUUACUCCUGCUUUUCCAAACCAUGUUGUUUCAAUGUGUUCUUAGGGAGUUCAUAGUUAAUUGACUUUAAAAAGUUCAACGUUUCAUUAUUUAUUGUUACUUGUCACCAUUUGAGUACAACCUCUGUUGCAGUGCUGACGUGCUUGUUCAACUGUUAGUGAUUUGAAUGACAUUAAAUUAUUUAAAUUGCUCACUUUGAA